AAUGGAGGAACCUGUAAGGACGUCAGAAAUGGGUUCAAAUGUCAGUGUCGCAGCAAAUAUGGCGGAGAAUUCUGUCAAAGAGCCUUAACCUGCAGUGACAACCCUUGUAAAAACUCUGGAAUGUGCACAAAUCAAGGAGGUGGUUUUACUUGCAAAUGUCCUGAUCCAUACAAAGGAGACACUUGUGAAACAGCCAAAUCAUGCGCAGACAACCCUUGCCAGAACGGUGGAGUUUGUAGAAAUAAGUCUCCUGGAUUUACUUGUGCUUGCCCAGAAACACACAAGGGGCUAACAUGUCAAACAGCUGUGACAUGCAGUGACACACCCUGUUUACACGGAGGAACAUGCGUUACCAAAGGAACGAGCUUCCGAUGUAUAUGUUCGAGCAUUUACAAAGGAAAUAGAUGUGAAAUAGUAAAAAAUUGUGGAGAUUCACCUUGUAAAAAUGGUGGACAUUGUAAAAAUAACAGCCCAACAGGAUUUACCUGCGCAUGCCCAUUCACACAUAAGGGAAUUGUUUGUCAAACAGUAACUAAAUGCGCUGAUACUCCCUGUGUACACGGAUCAUGUAAGGAUACCAGUUCAGGAUUUACUUGUACCUGUGAUCCAAAAUUUACCGGAAGUGUUUGUAACACAACCAUCCAAUGUUCGCCAAACCCUUGCGUUCAUGGAACCUGCUCCACUUCACCAUCAGGCUAUACCUGUCAUUGCGGUGAGAAAUAUACCGGAAAGAAGUGUGACACACUGAUUAAAUGUUCAUCCAAUCCUUGUGUUCACGGAACAUGCGUCGACACUAACUCUGGAUUCAAAUGUACAUGCGAUGUUCACUAUACGGGGGUCAAAUGCGAUAAAGUUAAAAAGUGCUCCUCUCAUCCUUGCGUCCAUGGAACAUGCAGCGAUACACAAACUGGGUUUAAAUGCACAUGUGAAGUUAAAUACAGCGGCGUUACUUGUAAUACUUUGAAAACCUGCGCAUCUUCUCCCUGUCUACAUGGAACCUGUACUGAUUCCGCCUCUGGAUUCGUCUGUUCUUGUGAUGAGUUGUACACUGGAGCAACCUGUGAUACAUUGCUGGCCAUUGACGAAUCAUCUGAAAUUCUUCUUCCGAAAUGGCUUCCAUAUUUAGAAUAUGCAGUUUUAUCGAUGGCGUCCCUCAUAGGAUUGAUGGUGCUUGGAUGUGUUUGUCUAAAGUGUUGUCAGGUAUGUGGGCUCAUCGACAAAAAGGACGAUGACGACGAUGAUGAAGAUGAAGAGGAAUAUUUGAGAAAGUACAGAAGGGAUUCCGUAUUUCCGCUAACCCCACAAAAGUCUGAAACAUUGAGUAAACGCGGUGGAUUGAAUUUUUAAGCCUAUACAAUGAUUUAACUGCUUUAAAAUCUAGGUAUUUCAUCCGUUUAUCUCUUAUACUUUUUUUAGCUAUUGAUCUAGCAUAUUUAAUGUUUACCACUGAGAGAGAAACUAACUGUAAAGACAUAAAGACUGUGUUCUUAGAUUUUUUUCUCUUUUAAUUUUGUUCGUAAAUGAUUAAAACAACUUAAUCACAUAUCUAUAUAAUGUGUGACUUUAUCUUUACUUCGUGUACAUUUGUCGUGUAUAUUAUCAUAU